AUGGCUAAGAUCAAAGAGGGGAUGAUUGCAAUUGGUCUGGCCAAGGAGUUUGACAUAUGGAGUUCUCCGUCGUCUAUGCUCCUUGACUAUGACCUUACUCUUUCGGAAUACGUGAAGCAGGUUUCGAAGCUUACGAAAAAUCCCGAGUUGAAUGUGAGAAUUUACUACGGUCUCAAGAAGGAUCACAACGCACAGACAGUACAGGACAUCUACAAAUCUGGAGAUUUUAUCAUCAAGAUCGUCCAGAUCAAGAAAGAUAAGUCUCAGGCUAUCCAAGCUCUCAGAGUGAUGAAGUCGCCUCCAAAGGGUGCAAGCCGCGGUAUCAUUCAUAUCCAAGACCUAGGCUCUCAAACACUCUGGGAUUUGAGAGAUGGAAUCACCGCAAUGCAAGUCUAA